GGGCCCAGGCGGCAGCGGUAGCUUGAGGACGGGAUGAGCGCUGCGCGGUUAUUCCGUGUGUCCGCCUGCCGCCUGCUCGCGGCCUCGCGCUUACCGGAGCGCGGCGGCACCGGGAGGCUGCUCCCUGUCUACCGUCAUCACCGCGGCUUCAGGUCUGAUGGCCGGAGCCUGGCUUACGCCAAGGAACUGCUUCUGGGGAGAAUCAACCAGAAAGAAGUUUUUCCUUAUCCAGAGAUCAGUAAUGAAGAAUUGGAAGAGAUUAAUCAACUUGUUGCACCUGUGGAAAAAUUUUUCAAUGAAGAGGUUGAUUCAAAAAGCAUUGAUAUACAUGCAAGAAUUCCACCAGAAACUAUGAAAGGACUCAAAGAGCUGGGUCUGUUUGGACAACAGGUUCCUGUAGAGUAUGGUGGCCUCGGUCUAUCAAACACCAUGUAUGCACGAAUUGGUGAGAUCACUUCUUUGGAUGGGUCAAUAGCUGUUACCCUAGCAGCUCAUCAAUCUAUUGGACUGAAGGGAAUUCUAAUUGUUGGUACUGAUGAACAAAAAGCCAAGUAUCUACCUAAACUAGCAACUGGAGAACAUGUUGCAGCUUUUUGUCUCACAGAACCAGGAAGUGGAAGUGAUGCAGCAUCGAUUCAGACCAGGGCAACACUCAGUGGUGACAGACAACACUAUUUGCUCAGUGGUUCAAAGAUAUGGAUAUCAAAUGGUGGAAUAGCAGACAUUUUCACAGUGUUUGCACGAACAAAAGUGAUCGACAAAGAUGGUACAAGUAAGGACAAGAUCACAGCUUUUUUGGUGGAGAGAGAUUUUGGUGGCAUUACCAGUGGGAAACCAGAAGACAAACUCGGAAUCCGUGGAUCUAACACAUGUGAAGUUCAUUUUGAGAAUACCAAAGUGCCAGUAGAAAAUGUCCUGGGAGAGGUUGGUGGUGGAUUUAAGGUGGCCAUGAGGAUCUUGAAUAGUGGACGAUUUAGCAUGGGGAGUGCAUCUGCAGGAAUGAUUAAAAAACUUAUUGAGAUGACAGCAGAGUAUGCUUGUACCCGCAAACAAUUUGACAGAAAAUUGAGUGAGUUUGGGCUGAUUCAGGAAAAGUUUACGCUGAUGGCAAUGCAAGCAUAUGUAAUGGAGAGCAUGGCUUACUUGACUGCAGGAAUGAUGGACCGUCCAGGAGAGCCAGAUUGCUCUGUGGAAGCAGCCAUGGUGAAGAUUUACAGUUCUGAGGGUGCCUGGAUAUGCAUCAGUGAGGCUUUGCAAAUUCUGGGAGGCCUUGGCUAUAUGAAAGAUUACCCCUAUGAGCGAUUCCUCAGGGAUUGCCGAAUUCUUCUAAUUUUUGAGGGGACUAAUGAAAUUCUCCGGAUGUAUGUAGCCUUGACUGGUUUGCAGCAUGCAGGAAAACUCCUUACCGAGAAAAUAAAAGCGAUGAAGAGAGGAAACAUUGGAGCAGUGUUGGAAAUUUUAGGAAAAAGACUAGGAAGUACCUUUUUCAAAGAAGUGGAUUAUGGUCUCACUGGCAAAAAUGGUGUCGUGCACCCCAGUUUGGAGGACAGUGCCAAAAAAUUGGAAGAGAAUGUGUAUUAUCUGGGAAGCACAGUGGAAAACGUAUUGUACAGAUAUGGCAAGACAAUAGUAGAAGAGCAAUUGGUAGUGAAGAGAGUGGCUGAUAUUCUCAUUAACAUUUAUGCCAUGACGGCAGUUAUCUCGAGAGCUAGUCGUUCUAUCAGCAUUGGCCUUCGCAAUCAUGACCAUGAGGUUUUACUUGCCAACACCUUUUGCUCUGAGGCCUAUUUCCGGAAUAAUUACCUCUUGGCUCAGUUACAGAAAAAUUCUUCUGAAAAUCUUGACGACAGCAUUAAGAAAAUAGCACAGCAGGUGCUGGAUAAGAGAUCGUAUAUCUGCUCACAUCCACUUGACCGAACGUUUUAGAACAUAGAGUCAGUUUAUGAUCAUAAGUGUGCAUACAAUAUGGAUAUUAAUGGCAAGCACUAAUAUAGAAUUCAACUGUAAAAAUUAUGAAAUACUUUAUAAAUUGUUUUGCAAUAUCAUUCAGCACUUGUAUUAACAAGUUUGAAGCAAUUCUAAAAAAAAAAUUACUUCAGUGGUAAAAAAUGACUGAAAAUUCAUCACGGCUCAAUAUUCAAAUGCAGCAGAUAUCAGUUUUAUCAAUGAAAUGUACAAAAACACAGUCAUAAACGAUCAGGUCAGCUGCAUGUCCAUUUCUGUUUUUGGAGUGGAUUAGAGUACUUCUGUCGCAGGUUUGUUUGUUUGGAACAGGUGGGUCUUCUCCAUUUCCUCAUUGCGUGGAUUGAGUUUAGGAUUGUAAAUACUCGUGUGCUUAUUGCAAUAUACACUGAAGAAAGACGGUGUAAAAAUGGGUUAAUAUGAACUAUACAAAAUCAAUGAAGUAUGGCAUUAGUGUAAGCUAAAGAAAUCAUUACAGGCUUCAUCCAGGGAUUAAGACUAUUCGCUAAAUUGGGAAAUUAGAGUAGUAGGAAACUGAAAUGAAGUGACAGCAUCUGAGCUCGUAAUGUAACACCUCUGGAUCUGAGACCAGUGUUAAACUAUCUUAGAUUUAUCGAGGAUAAAAACUUCUCUCUGGUUAUAUGGAUCUUUACUUUGUUCACUGAUUAUAAACUGUUGGCCUCUGCUGGUAUUUAAGACCAAUUAGUGGCAGGCUCUGAUCAGUUAACUAAAUGUACCUAUCUGUUUCCCAAGAGGCUGCCAGCAGAGUUCAUUAAAUCCCAGCUUCAAAGAAUUUGAAGUUCCUUUUACUCUGGACCAAAAUCCUGGAACGUCUUUCUGAACAGCAAUACUUCCACAAAGUGGAUUGCAAUGAUUGUAGCUCAACACCACUUAUGAUAACCAAGGAUGAACAAAACCGACCAAGUGAUGCUCAUAUCCCUUGAAAUAAUAUUUAUUUCAAAACUGAUAUUUUACUCUCUUUUC